UUUCCAGUUACUGCAAUGAUAUUAGAAUGGAUAGAACUACUGGAGGACCCAAAUGAUAUUGACCCCAAAAGGAAAGAAUUGCGUGGCAGUGAUGGGGAGGACAAGGCACAAAGUGUGGAGACACUACCUCCAGGAAAAGUUCGGUGGCAAGACUUUGAUCAAGAUGCCUAUGUUGGUGCUACCGUGGUGCGAUCCGGCCAGGAUCCGUACGCACGGAAUAAGUUCAAUCAGGUGGAAAGUGACAAGCUGCGAAUGGACCGAAGUAUUCCUGACACUAGGCAUGAUCAGUGUCAACGGAAACAGUGGAGGAUAGACUUGCCAGCCACUAGUGUGGUGAUCACCUUCCAUAACGAGGCAAGAUCUGCCUUGCUUCGAACAGUUGUCAGUGUCCUUAAAAAAAGUCCAUCACAUCUUAUUAAGGAAAUCAUCCUGGUGGAUGACUACAGUAAUGACCCUGAUGAUGGUGCUCUCUUGGGAAAAAUUGAAAAAGUACGGGUUCUUCGAAAUGAUCGGCGAGAAGGCCUGAUGCGUUCCCGUGUCAGAGGGGCAGAUGCAGCACAAGCCAAAGUGUUGACCUUCCUGGACAGUCACUGUGAAUGCAAUGAACACUGGCUGGAACCACUUUUGGAAAGAGUAGCUGAGGACAAGACCAGAGUUGUGUCUCCUAUUAUUGAUGUAAUUAAUAUGGACAACUUCCAGUACGUGGGGGCGUCAGCUGAUUUAAAAGGCGGCUUUGACUGGAACCUUGUAUUCAAAUGGGAUUACAUGACACCAGAGCAAAGAAGAGCACGACAAGGAAAUCCUGUUGCUCCCAUCAAGACACCCAUGAUAGCUGGUGGAUUAUUUGUGAUGGACAAAUCCUACUUUGAAGAACUAGGGAAGUAUGAUAUGAUGAUGGAUGUUUGGGGUGGAGAAAACCUAGAGAUCUCAUUCAGAGUUUGGCAAUGUGGUGGGAGCCUAGAAAUCAUCCCUUGCAGCAGAGUGGGUCAUGUAUUCCGCAAACAGCAUCCUUACACUUUUCCCGGUGGGAGUGGUACUGUAUUUGCAAGAAAUACACGCAGGGCAGCAGAAGUCUGGAUGGAUGAGUACAAAAAUUUCUAUUACGCAGCAGUGCCUUCAGCCAGGAAUGUACCUUAUGGCAAUAUUCAAAGCCGAAUGGAGCUCAGAAAGAGACUUAGCUGCAAGCCUUUUAAGUGGUAUCUUGAAAAUGUUUAUCCUGAGUUACGGGUACCUGAUCAUCAAGAUAUAGCCUUUGGAGCUUUGCAGCAGGGUACCAAUUGCCUUGACACUUUGGGCCAUUUUGCAGAUGGUGUUGUUGGAGUUUAUGAAUGUCAUAAUGCCGGGGGAAACCAGGAAUGGGCCUUAACAAAGGACAAGUCAGUGAAACACAUGGAUUUGUGCCUUACUGUUGUGGACAGAGCUCCUGGUUCACUAAUAAAACUUCAGGGCUGUAGGGAAAACGACAGCAGACAGAAAUCUUUAGAAUUAUAAAGAAUAUGGAACUUUGCAACAGAACCGCAGUUGCUGAUGGUGUGAGCACAGCCCAGCGGUCUUGAAAGCACUCAGCCAGCUAAGGCCCAUCUUCGCAUUUGGAACUGUCACUGCAUUUGAUGGAAUGUAAGUUGCACACAUUGAAAAAUAAAUGAAAACAAAAUGUCGAGGGGGAGACUCCUUCUCUGGAAUCCCCACUGUUCCUGUUUCUACUGUGGUGCUUCCAUGAUCUUUAGCUUCCAUGCUGUGCUGACAUGCAGCAGUGCUGUGACUCCAAGGCUGAUGACUACUGAACAUGUAUAGUCUAAGGAAAGGCCUGCAGUGAGGCCAGGGAUGUAGCUAAAGCAGGGUUUGUGUUACUAAAUCAGCUAUGCAGACUGGUUAUGUUAAACAUCAGCCUUUUCUUUUAAUUCAAAGGCAGCAGGAGAAGGGGGUAAACAUGCUGGAAUGAUGAGAGUUAGAAGGGAUCACCUGGCUCCUCUCCCUCCACGUGCCCAUCCUCUGAACUCUUCUCUGCCUUCUCAAACCCACUGUUACCCUUGAACUCUUCCUCGUGUCCGACCAUGCUGAUUAGCCUCACCUUUACAGGAUCAGAUUAAUCACUGGCAUAAACCUGAGUUUUGUUAUCUCUUACAUCACCCCAGACCAUGGGAUCAAGCUGUUUUUUUAUUUCAGUACUGAAAUACCAAGCAAAGAUUUGGUUUGUGUCCAGAAGAAAAAUCCAGGUUGCAAAAUAAGUCUGAGAGACCUGCAACCUGUUUUCCAUCAAAUGAACAACUAUGUUUCACAGAGACAUGCAAAUUGCUCAGCAGUCAGCGUUUUGCAAAUGCCUUGACACAGAUUAUUUGAGAACAAGACCACAAAGUUACUUUGACACAAGUGGGUUGGGGUUCUGGACAGCCGAACCUAGUGCACUGUGCUUUGCUUUUCAAUUUCUAGGCUUUCUGGGGGGACCUAGUGGAAAUAGGUCAAAAUGCUCUGAAGGCCAGAGCACAGUGUAAAUACUUGAAGUGUGAAAGCAUUUGCUGGAGUGUUUAUUAUAGAAACAGAGUUGCCAGGGUUGGGAGCAAACUGCACAGGCCUGGCAUUUUCCCUUUCCUAGAAAAACUUCUGAGACCAGCUUGACUAUGAAGUCUCCUUGUCCAAGGAGCUUGUAUUGCAAUUUGUGAUCUUGUAUCUCCCCAGCUUUUUUCCCCAGUCAGGUCCUGCACAUAACGGUCCUACAGCACAGCAUGACAGUCCUCUGCCACUGGGCUCCUCACCCAGCCAUCCAAGGUUUUCCAGGUACAGAAAAUGAUGCUUUUGUGGGUAAGGUUUUCGCACUACACACCACGUGGACCACCUUGUCAUCCAAUAAAGCAAUUAUUACUUCUAAAGUGUGAUACAAAAGGGAUUUACCACUUAAGGCCUUUUCGUGAUACCUAACAGCUGUUCACCAAACCCAUCAGAGUGAAAGGGCUUCAAAAAACAAAGCAAGACACAAAGAAAAUCCCCAGACCCUGUCAAAGGUCUCUCUAUGACAGCAAUGCAGAGCUGAGGAAUGUUGCAGCUGGAGCAGUGGGUGUGGUGCUGCUGAAACCUCUCUGGGGUCCAUCCAAACCUUCUGGGGCAGCACUAGUGGAGCAAAGUAGACAACACCUUCACAGUGAUUGCAAUUGGAACAGCCUGCAGAAACAAUACCCUGCUUCAUUCAUCUGAGAUCUGCAAAACAGCAGAAAGGACCAGCAAAGCCAUGCUGCAAAAGUAAACUGAAGGGCAACUCUGUGUUGUCAAGUCUUCCAGACUGACCAAGAACCUUCAGGAAGCCUUGGAUAUGCUCUAAAUGCAAGGAAUGAGGGAAGCGAAGGAAAGUGUGGGGCAGAAAGUUUCUCCAGGGCUGGAUUUCCAAAGAUGUCACUUAGAAGAAGAUUCUUUUUACAAAGCACAGCUGUUCUCAGCUGUUUCCCAACAGUGAGGUGAUGAUACAGAGGUGCUUCCAGUUCAUGAUCCUUCUGGAAACUAAGGUAAGUUUAUGAAGAACUGGAAUAAGAAUGAAUAUAUAUCAAGUAGUACUGAUGACAGGCUUGCUUUUGAGUAGAUGAUGUGAUGUGUUGGUGCAAGUAUCCUAGUUAACAGCAGGCCAAAUAUAUACCUGCUUUGAACUUAGAGUUCCUUGCCUUUGUGAAACUGUGAACAGGCCUUUGACACUUGAAUCUUUUUCUCAGCCAGACUGAGAUGAGCUUGUUUUACAAACAACCAAUCUUACAUCAGUCUGAGCUUGAAGAAAGUACCAUGGCAAACUCUGUAACAGAGGUGGAUGGAAGACUUCAUAUUCCAUCUAAGCCUCAGUGACUUUUCUCAUCUCAGUCAUUAUCUGUCUGAAUUUCACACUGUUUACUGGACUAUUGCAGAGUUUCAGAUUUUCCAUUUAUCUCUUCUAAGAUCUUCUAGGCUUGCUGGGCUUCUACAUUUUAUCAAAUUUUCUCUCACCUUUAGUGCAAUUUGGUUUUGACUCAUGCCAGCCUGUAUGAAGGAAUCUGUGCUAAGUCCCCCUUACUUAGGGGGAAAUGAUAUUUGGCAUGCUUUCAUUUCUAGUUUGGAAAAGUGCUUUUGAACAAGAACCAAGUCACAGAAAACACAGAACAUGGCCUUAAUCAGCAGGAAUGCAAACUCUACAGUUUCACCACCCCCCUUAUCUAGGCUGUGCCUUGGUGUCUGGUAGGAGAGGAGCUUUGAUAAGCUAAUGAUGUCUCACGAGUGCUGAGGUUGUUACAGCACUUUGCAAUCCUUGCUUGGAAAGUACCAGAGAUGCACAGAAUUAUCAAAGCAGCAUAACCCCCCCUCGUCAGUGAAUCAGCUCUAGCACGAGCGGACUAAGGUGUGGAAGAAUGAGAUACUGGAGGCCUGUUUCACUACUCACCAGCUCAAGACAGACUUCCAAAUAACUGUUAGAAAGAAAAUAACAUCUUCAGGAAAAAAAAGGUCACAGAAAUGUAGCUGGAGGUAAAGAACAGGAAUGCUGUUUUUGAGUUGCUAAAUUCAAUUUUCUCUGAAGAAAACAAAGUUGUACUUCUAUAAACCAUGAUUCCUAGACUAAAUGUAUAGAGAAGGGCUGGGGAUAGAGAAUAGAAACAGAAAAUGGAGAUGAGAUUUCUUUAAAUUGUGCCCUAUUGUCAAGUGUACAGAUGGGCUGAAGUAAAAAGUGGCAGAAUUCCUGCAAGCCCUUGAAGCAUUUUUCAACUGAGACAACAGUGGAAACCACUUCCCAGUGGCCUCUAAGCUCUGGCAAGAGCGGUAUUACACACUGGGAGAAGAAAUGUUUUCCAAGAAUGGAUCGUGGCACGACAGACAUUUCCUGAAAGAACUGUGCAUAGAAGGUGGUCGGUACGUCUCACUGAUGGUCUCGGUUCUUUGAAACAAAGUUUGCAUACCAUGAACAAGUAAUUAUCAGUUUUUAGAAGUACACGUCAGUCAGUGAAAAUUCAAUUCAGAAGGAGAGAAAGGAGCUGUGCUGUGCUCCCUUCACUACUUCAGUGUCAAACUUCUUUUUUUUCCUGAAAAAGUUUAGAGACAUUGCUCUGUGACCUGGUCAGCAUUUCGACUGCAUUUUACCUACUGCUGAGUUCUCAGAUCUCUUACCCAGAUUGUCUUAAGGCUACAAACAACCCAAACUAUCAUUUCACAAGCUAUUGCACAAUUAGACACACACACACUAUAACGAGCAUCCUUGCACUACUUUGAGACUUUUUUUCUCCCCUUUAAUUAGGGAGAAGCUUUAAUGUUACAAGCAGGUGGGGAACCAAAUCUGAGUAAGCCAGUUUGCAGUAAAGGAAAUAAUCCUACACAGGCUGAGCUGCAAUUGACAAACUUUAGCCUUUUAAAAAUUAUCCUGUAUCUUCUUUAAUUCCUUUGCCUUGGUUGUUGUAACAGAAAAAGUGCAAGAUGCUUUUUCAGCAAGGAGAAAUCUUAACUUUUCCCCCAGCCCUAUCCACUUCCAGUCAAUAAAAGGAAAAGAUGAAGGGGAAGAGUCAUCUGUAGAUAUAGACUAGACUUUGGUGGCUUUUGCUUGUUGGCUUCGAGAGCCAAAAUCCAGGCAUUUUGUACAUACAAAUAUAUAUAAAUAUUUUUGCUUAAUUAUGGAAUGUUUGUGCAUGAUAAGAACAACAGUUCAAAAUGAUGAGGGAUAGUUAAGGCUAAGAAAAUGAAAUUCAUUGCAAAGCUAUAAUUUUGUCUUCAUUUUUCUCCUUUACAAAGGAGACUAAAGCAUCUUCCCUGUAAUAGUCAGCCACUGUGUAAUCCCCCGUCAACACCAAUUCUAGGGAAAACUACUCAGGACCCAGUCCCUGAGGCAAAAAGCUAGGAUCUCAUGAUUUGAGCUCAAGUAAUCCACAUAAUUAACUGCAUACAUUGGUGAAAAGUUAAAUAUUCCAAGGCCUCAAGCCUACUGUCACCUAAAAAAGAAAAGGCAUUUUCUGUAUGGGAUGGCCUAGAUCCAGGCCUUUAAGCAUACAUAGUUCUGUAACAAUUGGCCAAGGGCUCCAGAUUUAUCCCAGGGGCCUACAGCAUAGCUGGAGAGUGGUCUGCCUGCUCCUCAGAAAUGCCAAGUGGCUCCAAGGUGGUCUUGGAAAACAUCCCAUGUCUGCUGGGCUCAUGGGUAUCCUGCACAUACUCCAGCAUGGCAUGGGAGUGUAA